UACGCUCCAAGUUUGCCAACUCACCAGAACAGGUGGGUGUCACGCUCCUGAAGGAUUUCCAGCAUUGCAGUUGUUCAAAUACUAUAGAGAUAGUAUUUGUUUGUUGAUCCAGUUUAUGUGAAAAGUUGGUUGCAUUGACAUGUGCCAUCAUCAAAGAUGUUGCAACUGUAGAUGUAUCAUAUAACUGUAGUUAUAAGUUCCGAUGAGUUCUUUGCUCAUCAUUAAAGAACAAAGCGUGUGAAAAACUGGCAAGAAAUCUUCAGCGAUAACGCAUCGUACAUUGAACGUGAAGAAGUGGAGGUGACAUAAAGUCUUGAAAAAGGACAUUUGAUGCACCUUCUUGAAACUUUGCGUAAUUCAGUGGCACCUAAAACUUUUAGGGUUACUUAUUUUGUGUCCGAGUUUGUAGAUUUGAGGUUAUGACUUAGAACUACGUUAGUACCUUCAUAUUUCACGGAGAAUUUGCAUUGUGUUACGUCUUGUCAUGUCAAAGAUACCUUUUAAUGCAACAUAUAUCAAAAGAUUUGUGCCUGAUGCUCCAUUUAUUCGUGGAAGACCUGGAGAAGUAUUGCCAGAAGCAUACAAAAAAUUUUGGCGCGAAUGGAAAAUUCAGAAACCCAAACCAGUUCACUACAUUGCAGAACCUGGAAGAUGGAAAAGGAACCCAGAAACUGGUGAAGUGUCAAAAGUGCAGAAUGUUCCAAUUCCAUUGAAAUUUCCAAAAGACAGUCAUCAACAGUUAUGGGGUGGAGAAGGUGUUAUUCAAGGAUACCAGAAGAAGGGAAAAUAUAAUCAUAGAGUUCCUCACUUUUGGGUCCCAAACUUAAAAAGUACCAUUGUUUAUAGUGAAAUAUUGAAUAAGUACAUGUCUGUUGUAGUAGCGGAUAAUACAAUGAAAUUAAUACAUGAAAACUUUGGUUUUGACCAUUACAUUUUGAAGACACCAGCUUGUGACUUGCAGUCAGAUCUAGCUUUGAAAUUAAAACGUAAGUUAUUAACAGCUUUAAACAACAAAGAUUUGAACCAUGAAAGUCAAGAGAAAAAUGAAAUGGUAUAUGAAAAAUACAAGCAAUAUCUGUCCAAAUACACAGCGGAAGAAAUAGAGUGGUAUGGUUUAACUAUGGAGGAAGCUCUUACAAAAUAUAAUCAAGAGAAGGAAGAUAGGACGACAAUUGAGCCUUUGAAGUUGCAAUACCGCCUGGACCUUAUUCAGGAAUUGUUAGAUAGGGGCAGAGAGACAGAGCCAGUUCCUGAAGAGUAAGUACAUUUACAUUAUUGCAGACAGAGCCAAUUUAUUCCAAUAGCUUCUGCAACAUCCAAUUGGCUGCUCGCUAUAUGUGCAUAUAGGUUGCUCUUUUGCCAAAAUGAAAAUGAACAUUUACUUCCUCAUACUUCAUGUAGAAUAAGUUAUGUAAUGUUGCAGGAAAAGAGUUGAUAUUUUGACAGAAUUUUUCUUUAAGAUUCUUGAUAGAAUAGUGCGAAGUUUGCUGAAUAAUAAGUUGAAUUUUCAUUAAAAGUUCUGGAAUUUUGAAAGUACAAAAGUUCAGACCUCUUUCAACUUUCUUGUAUAUAUCAGUGUUGAAACUAGAGAUUUCUUUAUGGUAACCUAUUUCUCAAUAUUAGAUACUUAAAUAAUUUUGUGUACACUUUCUUCAAAGUUUUUGUAGUUUUUACAAUUAACAGAAUGUUUGUCCAGUCAUCAUUUGGUCAUUAGAAUACUUUCAUACAGUUGUAAUUUUGUUCUUCAUUAAUAUCUGUCCACAAGUUUUUCACCCAGUCCUUUUUGGUGAAAUUUUAUCCUGCACCCUGGAAUGUGCAUGAUUAAAUUCAAAUUUUUUCUUGAAAUAAUUUAGCUACACCAAGGAAUUAUUACAAAAAGAAAUACACAAACCAAAAAAUGGACAUUUAUUACAUAAUAGAAAUCAUAAAUCAAUUACAGUUUUUGUUUUAAAAUGUGUAAUUUCCUUUAUAUCAGUCUUUACCUUUGUGAUUCUGCAAGUUUGCUAUGUAGUUUUAGAUAGUAUAAAACUACCCUCAAGUAUUAUUUCAGUGGUAGUUGGUGUUCUUUGUAUUCUUUAUGUUUAUUGUAAUAUCUUUCUAUGUGUUCAUCAUGUUCGUGAUUUGAAAUAUAGUUUUGGACAAAAAUGCUAUGACUUUCUCCAGUGCACCGUUAUUCCAUUAUGGUCAGUCAAUACAUAUAUUCGACCACUUUUCUCAGAACUG